AUGUUUGGGAGAAAGAAAGAACAAAAAAAGGAACGAAAACCGCGGACUAAUAAUCCGUUGGGAAUUGAUUUUAUGGGAGGUUUUGACCCCAUGGGGAUCCCAGAUGAUGAUGAAGAUGAUGAAGAUUUGGAGAGUGAAUUAAAUCGGCUGGCAAUGGGUGAUGAUCCACGGCCUAGACGUCCAGCGCCUAAACCACCAGCAGAAUUAAUAGAUCUAAACUUCGAAGUCAAAGAAAUUGGCUCUGACGAAGAAUUAUCUGGAGAUGACGAUGAUCCCGACUUAUUGAACGAGCUCGAAGCUCUAAAAAAUGAAGACGAUUCUCCAAACCUCGAAGAAGUUUCUUCAACGCCAUCCAGCCCAGCUGAGUCCCCGGGUUCCGAGGAACUAGUAAAGCUCCUAGAAGAAAGACUAAACCUCUACAAGCAAGCAGAGUUGAAAUCAAAAAGUACAAACGACACCUCAAAAGCUCGCCGUUACAAUCGCGGUGUGAAAACGCUUCAAGGAAUGCUACGCGACGCCAAAGCGGGGAAGAACGUCGAGUCAGCAGAUAUACCGCCUUUGCUUCCGCGAUCUGCUACUCAAAUGACUCCAGACACUCCUGCUGAUCAAGAAUCCGAUACUCAAGAAAUUCCAUUGGAAAAUUCCACUCAACCUGAACCAACACCAGAAAUUCCUCCAGAAGCUCCACCAACAGCCGAACCAAUUCCAGUAGAUGAAGAAAAAUUAGCACUAUUAAAAAAACGCCAGCAUGAAUACAAAAUAGCAGCAGUUGCUUGGAAAAAAUCCGGACAGGUUGAAGAAGCAGUUAAAUAUUUAAAAAUAGCAGUGAGAUUUGAUGCUGUAAUAUCAGCGUUGACUUCUGGAGAACCUGUUGAUUUAUCAGACAUGCCACCAACUCCAGAUUUACCUAAUAAUAAUAAUAAUAAUAAUAAUAAUUCAUCAACUGUAACCUCAACGGAAGUAAAUCUUCCUCAAGAGCCUGCUAAAGAAGAAAGCGAAGUUCAAGACUCUGUUGAAGAACCACCAGCUCCAACUCCUGUUACUGGAGGAGAUAUUAUGGGUGCUUUGAAGGAGAGAUUAGAAGUUUAUCGUCGGACUAAGACAGCUGCUGAAGAAGAGGGGAAUUCUUCAAAAGUCAGAAGAUACGGACGUAUUUGUAAACAAUAUGAAGAUGCGAUAAAACUUCACUCUAAAGGAAAAUCUAUUCCUGUUGAUGAACUGCCAGUUCCUCCGGGAUUCCCUCCAAUUGUAUUGAAUGUAGCUGCUCCUAAGCCUGCUCCAGCUCCUGCUCCAAAACCUGCUCCAGCUCCAGGUCCAGGUCCGAAGACUUCGUCAGAGAAUUCUGGAACUGGGAGUGAGGAGAGACCUACGGCGCCAGCUAGAGGGAAGCCGAUGACUUCCCGAGCCCAGAAGCAAACUAUGAUUUUGCAGAAACGACAAAUAGAAUUAAAACGCGCAGCACUGGCUGCUAAGAAGGAAGGAGACUUGGACUUGGCUAAGGAUUACCUGAGACAGGCGAAGCAAAUUGAACCUCUGAUACAAGCUAGUAUGUCCGGACUGCCAGUAGACUUGGCCUCGGUUCCGCUGUCUCCGGUUUCUAAAGAGGAACUUCAUAAUUCUAUUGCGGCUUCUUCUAAUGACAGUUUCGCUUUAAUGUCCUCUGAUGAUUGCCAGCCGAGUGAAGCUACGGGGACUGAUCAGGAAAUUUAUGAUAACUUGGAGAAGCAGUUGGUUAAGCAUAGGAAGGUUUGUUUGGCUACGCGGGAUCAUGCCAAGGCUCUUGGGGAUGUUCCUGGGUAUAAUAGGUGGGAAAAUAUGGCGCUGGGGUAUAGUAGGGAUUUGGAUAUGCUUCGGGUUAGACGCAGAGAUGGGCUGCCGCCUCCGCAGCAUCAUUAUGAAGUUAAAACUUACGCUAUUGUUCAGUAA